AUGGAUAGCAAGGAUCGCGUAAAAGCAUUAGAGGAGCUUGAUGGACACAAAAUCAAGCAGUACAAUGUGUGGAAGGUCCAUCUAAGUGAAGAGAAAGAAGAAAGAGCUUGGAAGCAAUCCAAGGGAACAGAUGCACCUUCAGCUAUAUGGAAAGAGUUCAAAAUGGCAUUCCUUGACCUGCCAUUGGAGAUCCGAGAGGCCUGUGCGGAUCAGUUCAUAAAUCUCCACCAAGGAAGUAUGAGCGUGAGAGAGUACAGUCUCAAAUUUAAUUCCUUGGCCAGAUAUGGCUAUAGCAAGGAUGCAAGCUUUUGCGCAAAAGUUAGAGGAUCAAAGGCAAAGAAGAAGGACACAAGAUUUACACCAUCCCAAGGUGAGUUUAGGCCUCGGUUCAUUAACAGACCGUCUAGGCCAUCAUCUUCCUACUCUACAGCUAGUGCCCCACCUCAAUUUCAAGAGUCUAGGGGCAAUCAGUUUCGGCAAAGAGGUAAAAGCCAAGGUUCACGAACAGCGGGAUACCAAGAGCAGGGAAUUAUGAGCCUAUCAAGACCUCCUCGAGAGUUUUGUAAACAAUGUGGAAGGAAUCAUUUAGGAGCAUGUCGGUUUGGGACAAAUGCUUGUUUUUGGUGUGGUACACCGGGUCAUAUGAUGAGAAAUUGCCCUCAUAGGGGUGUGGGUGGUGUGGCACAACCUACUAGGUCAGUUGUUGCAUCCUCGUCAUCAACACCUUCUUUAGGUAGAGGACAGAUGCCUACUGGUCAUGGUAGAGGAGCUAGGGGAGCAGCUAGUUCUAGUGGAGUUCAGAAUCGCACAUAUGCUCACGGGGAUCGACAAAAUUUGGAAGCCUCGUCGGAUGUGGUUACAGCUAGAAGGGUUUAUCGUAAUUGCAUUGUAACUGUUUGUGAUCGUGAUACGUUGGCUGACCUUGUUGAGCUAGAAAUGGUGGAUUUUGAUGUUAUAAUGGGUAUGGAUUUGUUAGCUUCUUGUUAUGCCAUGGUAGAUUGCCGAACGAAGACGCUGCAUUUCCAUCUUCCAAAAGAGGCCGUUCUUGAAUGGAAAGGUAAUAUUGGGACACCAAGAGUGGUAAAUCAAUAUCCCGAUGUAUUUCCUGAAGAUCUUCCGGGUUUGCCUCCAGAACAAGAAAUAGAGUUUGGUAUUGACGUGAUUCUAGAUACUCAACCUAUAUCCAUCCCUCCAUAUAGAAUGGCCCCCACAGAAUUACGGGAGUUGAAGGAGCAAUUAAAAGACUUAUUAGAAAAAGGAUUCAUAAGGCUUAAGUAUGUCCCAAUGGGGAGCACCAGUUUUAUUUGUUAUGGGCAGUCUGUGGAAAGACAAGGAAUAACUAAGGAUCAAUGUCAACUAGCUAGCUUGGUGGUUCGGUUUCUUGAAUCUCUUGACAAAGGGGUUAUUGUGCAAAAUGCAGCAGAAUCCUCAUUAGUAGUAGAAGUGAAAGAGAAGCAGUACACUGAUCCUAUUCUAUUAAAGCUUAAGGAGAAUGUACAACAGGGUAUGACAAAGGCAUUUGAACUUACGCAAGAGGGAGUACUACGAUGUCAAAACAUAUUGUGUGUACCUAAUGUAGAAGAAUUAAGAAAGAGGAUUAUGAUGGAAGUGCAUCAUUCGAUAUAUUUUGUCCAUCCGGGGUCAACUAAAAUGUAUCAUGACUUAAAAGGAAUGUAUUGGUGGGGGGACAUGAAGAAGAACAUUGCGAUAUUCGUGGCUCAAUGUCCAAAUUGUCGACAAGUGAAAGUAGAGCACCAAAAGCCCGGAGGUUAUAUGCAGUGGAUAGAACUUCCAAUUUGGAAGUGGGAUAUGAUCAAUAUGGAUUUUGUCACUAGUUUGCCUCGUUCAUUUCGGAAGUUUGAUUCUAUAUGGGUAAUUGUUGAUAGACUGACCAAAUCAGCGCACUUCUUGCCGGUCAAGACUACUUAUACAGUUGAGGAAUAUGCAAGGUUGUAUAUUAAAGAGAUAGUUCGUCUACAUAGAGUGCAAAUCUCUAUUAUAUCUGAUAGGGGAUCUCAAUUCACUGCAAAUUUUUGGAAGUCAUUUCAGAAGAGUUUAGGAACACCAGUGAAUUUAAGUAAAACCUUUCACCCUCAAACAGAUGGUCAGGCAGAGCGUACAAUUCAAACACUCGAGGAUAUGCUGCGAGCUUGUGACCCAUGUCAUAUUACUCCUACUGAAGAUGUACAGGUUACGAGAGAUCUCACUUAUGAAGAAGUACCCAUUGCUAUUCUGGAUCGACAAGUUAGGAAGUUAAGAAAUAAAGAAGUAGCUUAUGUAAAAGUAUUAUGGAGGAACCAACAAGUAGAAGACGUUACAUGGGAAGUGGAAGAAGCAAUGAAAUUGAAGUAUCCUCAUCUCUUUCAGAUCCAUGAGAAGGAUGAAAAUGCUUAG